AUGGAGAUAAAAGUUUUUAUCGUAAUAUUGCUUUUAUUGAUUUUAACCUCAGAUGGAACGGGCUUCGGCAGAAAGCGAUCCGCCAAAUGUCAAAAAGGCAACGAGCAGACUUUAAGUAGAAACGAGCAGAAUUCAACAUCCGAUUAUUAUUAUUACUGUGACCCAACAGAGUUUGGAGUAGUACAAAAGAUUCCGUAUUUGCGUUCUUGUUCACCAUGCGACAUGAUAGAAAUCGAUUUCUCUUCUGCUUGUAUCAGAUGCGGGAUGUGCCUUGCCAUUGCUGAAAAGAUAAAUCAAACAUUGCUGGAUGUUCACGAAGCGUUACCUAACGCGUGUUUAAAUGACACUGAGAUCGAAGUUCUGUUGAGGACCAUAUGUGAUUAUUCUUUUCAAUUCUAUGGUCUUCGCGAACUAGACGGAAAAAGGUACAUUUCUGAUAAAUUACCUGGUUCUAUCAUGGUAUCCACGUCAGCCGAUGGACUUUGGGGAGAGAAAUUCAGAGAUCUUUGCCAUUAUUAUCUCGAUGAAAUCGGAGAAGUCUCAUUGUACGAACAAUGGCAGCGAUGUAACAACGAUGAAAAACUUCACGACUUGUCGAACAUUAUGUGCCGAAACGUGCACGGUAUAUUACGAGAUUGUAAGAGCAUGCAGGAUACGGAAAAAUACGAAUCCCCGUUUAAGACUUAUUACGCAAAAGUAAAAAUCACCGCAACUUACGAUAAAUACGGCAAACAUGAUUGA